AUGGGUCCCUGGAAUAGCAACACCUUGGUCAACACCACCGUCGUCAGUCCCGCAUCGCAACUCCCACAGCAAGUCCCAGGCACUCUGCAGCCCAUCGCCAAAAAGCCCAAGGACCCCAAUCUGACCGAUUCGCGGCUCCUGGUCCAUCGCAGAUGCAUCUACGAGCGUCGUCUGCCCGGCAAUGCCUACAUCACCGCCCAUGUGGAGCGCCUGCAGCAUGGCUACUUCUCCAGCCCGAACCUGUCGGGACGAGACAUCGAUCAUGUCGACUUCCUGGCCGUCAACUUUGUGUUUCACCCGUCGGACUGCCAGUCGCACCGGUUCAAGGCGGCGACGAUCAAGGCUUCGAUUCAGAACGCGGAGGGCGAGGGAUUCUUCCCCCGUCUUCCGCAGGAGAACCCGCGGUUCCUGAUGUAUGCGCCGCAUCUGAUCUACGGCGCCGUGUCGCCCGAGACGCUGCAGUGGAAUUUCAGCCUGGCCGGCUCCCUGGGCAUUUCGGACGCGCCUCUCGCCGCCAGUCUCAGUCCAUCGGGCAGUGUCCGCGGCCAGUACAAGGUCUACGAGAUGAUGAAGAUCCAGGGAUCGGUGCGCACGCUGAAGAGCCGCGACGGGCCGGAAUUCCACGUCGAGGACGGCGAAAUCGUCUGGUCGCUGACGGAGAACCCGCUGCAGCGGUCCGGGCUGCCGCGCGAAUUCACGUUUGUGAUGCUGAUCCAGAAACCGCAUGAGGACAGCCGCUUGCGCUUCUCACUCGAGAUCGAACCUGUGAUCGAUGCCUGGUUUGGCAGCUAUCCUAGCUGGCUGCUGGGGUUGUCCAAGUAUCAGCCGCUGGGCAAGAGGCCGGUCAACUUUCGCCAUGAAGUCGGCCAGCGGUUUGAGCCAGUCGACUCGCGGGGGUUCAACUUUGCGAGUUUGGCAGGGUCGCUGGAUAGCUAUGUCAAUAUGCCUGGCAGUACCUAUUCGUCGAAUAUAUCGCCUGAAGGCGUCGUCAACGAUCCGGGGACGGACCUACCAAUAGGUUCGGGGUAUCAGGAUUACCCAGAUUCUUCUAAUCAAGGAACUUAUCCCUCGAACCAAGGACCAUGGCAACCAUCCGGAUACACACAACCGAUCAGGUCGAUAGGCGAGGCACUCACCUCCAACCUAGAAGGCGGCACGCUGAACGUGCGGGUUCUGCUAGACCAUGGAAGAUCCUCUCCUCUGUCGGCAAUGCGAGCGCCAGCGCGACCAAAAUCGCUUCGGCGAUCGCAGUCACGAGAAGGGCUGAAUCGUUACGCGAAGGAGCAGCAAGCCGCACGGACAAGAACGCAGUCUGUAUCCGAAGCGAACAAGAAUCGGUAUUCCUAUCCUUAUGGGUAG